GAGGCGUUUAUCCCUUUUUUCUCUGCGCUUUUUCGGGGGAUGGGAUGGGAUUCAUCGAAGGACCUGUUGCUUUAACGUGAGCAGCGCCCGAUCUGAGCCGUCCAGUCUCGCAUAAAGUACAGCCCUUGACCCCCCAAAUCCAAAUCUCACUCCUUCUCUGUCUCUCUCUCUCUCUGUCUUUCGUUCCCGGAGAUCUGAGCUGAGCUGAGCUAGAGGGGACGAGAGGUAUGUCGUCUCCGAAUCCGCUCUCUCUCUUCUGCGCCCUGCUUCUCUGCUUGCCCCUGGCCGUCGUCUUCAUCCUCAACACCGCCCCCACCACCCCCACCACCACCUCCUCCUCCGCCGCCGCGGGCUGCGGCGGCGGCGGCGGCCCCGUGUCGAUACCGGCAAUCCCCUUGCUGGAUGCCCGAUUCGACAUUAGGGCCAACCAUGAAGCCAGGUUCUUGGAAUCGAGAGUCCCAGUAGACGAACCCCCGCCGCCGCCCGUGAUCGCAGGCGCCAAGGAAGACGCCUCUCGCCGCCCGCCGCCAGCGCCGGUCAGUGACGACGAUGCGGAGGACGAGGAGCUCUUCCGGGACAGCAGCGCCUCGUACCCGCCGCCGGCGCCGGUCAGUUACGACGACGCGGAGGACGAGGCGCUCUUCCGGGUGGCGUCCAAGGUCAGCCCGAAGCCCAAGCGGCCCAAGAAGCUGGCCUUCAUGUUCCUGACCACAGCGGGCCUCCCCUUCGCUCCGCUGUGGGAGGCCUACUUCAACAACACCCCGGGAGGCCUCUACAACAUCUACGUCCACGCCGACCCGACCCGACUGCCCGGCCCGCGCCUCACCGGCGUGUUCUCCGGCCGGGCCAUCCCGUCCAAGCCGUCCCGCCGGCACACCCCGACGCUCAUCUCGGCGGCGCGCCGGCUUCUCGCCCGCGCGCUCCUCCACGACCCGGGCAACGCCAUGUUCGCCCUCCUCUCCCCGUCCUGCGUGCCGCUCCGCUCCUUCAACUUCACCUACCGGACCCUGGCCGCGUCGCGGAGGAGCUUCAUCGAGAUCCUCAAGGACGAGGAGGGGCGGUACGACCGGUGGGCGGCGCGCGGGCCCGACGCGAUGCUCCCGGAGGUGCCCCUCGCGGACUUCCGGAUCGGGUCCCAGUUCUGGGCGCUGACGCGGCGGCACGCCCGCCUGGCGGUGGCGGACACCCGCCUCUGGUCCAAGUUCAAGCACCCCUGCCUACACCGCCGCACGUGCUACCCGGAGGAGCACUACUUCCCCACCCUCCUCGGCAUGCGGGACCCGCGCGGGUGCGUGCCGUGCACGCUGACCCACGUGGACUGGCACGGCCGGACCGACGGGCACCCCCGGACCUACGGGGCGGAGGAGGUGGGCCCGGAGCUGAUCCGCCGGCUCCGGGGCGAGCGGCCCAGGUACGGCGACGACGGGGCCAACGGCACCGGCCUGCUCGCCGCCCGACCGAGGAGCGACCCGUUCCUCUUCGCGCGGAAGUUCGACCCGGGGUCGUCGCGGGCGCUGAUGGGCAUGGCGGAGGACGUCCUCUUCGAAGACUAGGAUGGCAUCUUGGUGGUGAAUGUCUCGUUCUUUUAGUGGGGUGGGGGGGCGAUAACUGUAUAGAGAUCGGGCAAGCCUUUUUUCCGCGUCGUUUUGUUUUUAAGUCCAAAGGGACGAUGAUGAUGAUGAUGAGUCGUGAAGUGUACAUCUGUUUCUGCUUUAAAUCCAAGAUUUGGCGGAGAAGUUCUUUCUUUCAU